AUGAAAGAACUUAUGGGAAUUUGUGACAAACUUUGUCAAGCUUUACAAAAAAAGACUCAAGACAUCUUGAAUGUUAUUUGUUUGGUGUCUACCACAAAAUCAUUAAUUCAAGAGUUAAGGGAUUUUGGUUGGGAUUCUCUUCUACAAAAUGUUAGAUCUUUUUGUGAUAGUCGAUCUAUUGAUGUUCCAGACAUGUGCUCUUCUUUCUCUGACAUAAUUCGAUCUCGUCGUCAAAAGGAUAAAGUGACAAUAAAGCACCAUUACCGUAAUGAUGUAUUUAAUGUUGUCAUUGAUUAUCAGUUGAAAGAAUUGAAUAACAGGUUCAAUGAGCAAGCAACUGAACUUCUUAAAUUGAGUACAGCUUUAGAUCCUAAGGAUUCAUUCAAGUCAUUUAAUGUUGAGCAUAUUUGCAGUCUUGUUGAGAAAUUCUAUCCUUCGGAUUUUUCUGGCCAAGAAAAGAUUCAGUUACCAUAUGAAUUGCAACAUUAUGAAUUUGAUGUGAUCAAAGAUGUCAAUUUUCAGAAUUUGUCCACUAUUGGUGAAUUGUGUCAAAAGUUAGUUUUGACUCUUCCUGUAUCAUCAGCAACCAUUGAACGUGUUUUUUCAGCUAUGAAAGUUAUAAAAACAAGGUUGUGCAACAAGAUGGAAGAUGAUUUUCUCACUGAUUACAUGGUUGUUUAUAUUGAAAAGGAAAUUCCUGAAAAAUAUAGCAGCGAUAUGAUAAUUGAUGAUUUUUACUCUAUGAAACAACGACGAGCACAACUUCAGCCUUCAAGUGUGAAGGUUUCAUCUUUAUCUACAAGGUAG